GUAUCCGCUCUCUGACCGACAUGGCGCCAGCACCGUUGCGACAUUAUAGCGUGACAAGUCAUGUCAUUUUCGCUGAUGAUAUAUGAAAAAAUCCAAUGGCAGAUUCUUUUUUCGGGAUCGAUACUUCGUCAUCGAACUUAAAUGACGACGAGGGUGGCGGGGAGCCUUCGGAAGACGAGUAUGAUGCCCUCAACGAUGAAACAUUUGGACAGGAUUCUGAAGAGUUUGACUGGGAGUAUGAACACGAACAGCUGGCCGGACAGCUGGAGAGCAGUCGACGGAAUGCAGCACUUGACGACGCCGACUCCAGGCUUGAGGCAUCUCUCUCUCAGCUAGUGUUGGAUGAAACGGAUGCUCCACGAAGCCUCGGGUCCAGCGUCUGGAGACAUGACGUUCCGUUUCCCACACCAACAACGCCGGUACAACAGCCAGCCCUCAAGAAUGUGUGCACAGUGGAGGAACUGGAAAGACAGCUGCGACAGAACCAGCAACAGACGUACACACAGAACUACUUUCAACCGCGGUUUCCACCUGUUAUCCUGCAACGGCCUCCAGGUCUACAGGCACCACUUCCGAUACCGUUCGCACCACAGCAAUCUAUGGCACAUAAUAUGAAUCAAAUGAACCAGCCGUUGAAUAAAAUGAUUGGACAAAACUCACAAAUCAACCAAAUCGGCCAAUCGAAUAUGAUGAAUCAUAUGAACCAGAACAUAAAUCAGAUUGGUUCUAAUAUAAAUCAGAUGAAUCAGAAUGUAAAUCAGAUGGGUCAAGGUGUUAAUCACAUGGGACAAAAUGUUAUGGGUCAAAAUCAAAUGGGACAAAAUGUUAUGGGUCAGAAUCAAAUGGGGCACAAUGUGAACCAAUUCAUGCAAAAUUCAAACCAGAUGAAUCAGUUUCAAAACAACCAAAUGGCACCGGCGAUGAUGAACCAAAUGCAUAACAUGAAUCUUCAUCCCAUGAAUCAGAACAAUCAAAUGAUUCAAAACCAAAUGGGUCAAAACAUGAAUCAGAUGGUACAAAACUCUGGGUCUAACAUGAAUCAAAUGAAUCAGGGGGGUCAAAACAUGAAUCAAAUGGGCCAAAAUAUGAAUCAAAUGGGGCAAAAUAUGAACCAAAUGGGUCAAAAUAUGAAUCAGAUGGGUCAAAAUCAGAUGAUCCCAAACGGUAAUCAGUUUGGUAUGAAUCAGUUCCAACAAAUGAUGGGUCAGCCUCGAAUGAUGGCGCCGCCCCCCGGCAUGAAUAUGCCAAGACAAAAUUUUGGCAAUAAUAUGAAUCAAUUUAAUACAAAUUUUCGUGGACAAAUGCAAUCAAAAAACGAUCAGCAAAUAUCACAACAGAACAUGAUCAUGAACCACAAUAAAAACCAGAACCAGAUAAAACCGAACCAGCUGUCACCGAAGCAGAAACCGGUACAGAAUUUAAACCACAUCCAGAAUAUGAACCAGGCUCAGAACAACAAGUUGCAGAAGAGUCGCGUAUAUAAUAACAAGAGCUUAACAUCUCAAAACCUGGUCCAGCUGAUCCAGAACACGCAUCCCAUGUUGAACUUCAACAACAGCUUCCACAACGCCAGCCAUCACCCCAUCCUCAACAGAAACCAUUUCAACAACCAGCUCAUGAAACAUCUCAUGUUCGACAACAGGCAGAACGGGAAUUUUGGCAACACAACCAGCAGAGCGAACACCUCAGUUGACGGGGAGCUGGAUGAGUAUGCAGGUCUAAUGACGGCCAGAGAGAAACAAUGGCUCAUCAAUAUCCAGAUGUUGCAGCUGAACACCGGAACACCUUACAUACAUGACUUCUAUUAUACAGUUUUCCUCGAGAGACAGGCAAGCAAGGAAAAGGAAGGCGUGAAGGAGGCUCAUAAGGCCAAUCAACAGAACCAUCCCUUCUACAGCGGAGGCAAGCAGGAAGACAGUCACGCCAUGAGACAGAGAGAGAGGCACAACUCGCACAGACACAACUCCACCGGAGAAGAUCCCAGGACAUAUGUCCCUACACAGUUUGAGAACUCCCUGGGGAAACUGCAGUGCGGUAGCGUGACGGCUCCGAGGAAAAUUAUAGACGUGGAAGUCGUGGGGGCGGAGCCCGAGCAGCGAGCGAGCAGGGCGCCCUCUGUGGCCAGCAACAACCCUGCUGAGGUUCCGCGCGAGAUGAGAAGGACCAAGCAACUGCUUCUAGAUAUUGAGGCUUUGUAUCUCAUACUGCUCAGACUGGAAGAGCUCAACGACCCCUUGGCAAUAUCUAACGCUUUAAUAUUGAAGGAAAGAGAAGAGAAGCAGAAGCAACUGGAAGCAGCGCAGAAGGAGGCAGAAGAUGACGAUGAUGGAAACUUAUUCCUUAAGAAUAUAGAAUCUGUACAGAGACGACCCAAGCAGGAGAGUCCCAAGAGCGAGAGUAUCGAUAAGAGACAGGUGGUGAACCUGACCACCAACCAGAAACCUCAACCGGCCAAGAACCUGCUGGAUGAAGACAAGGAGGACCUGCUCAAUAAGAUGUUCUCCGGACUCCUGCACGGAGAGAGAGUGCCGCAGAUACUGGCGGUUAGGAAGGGGAAGUCGUUGCUAGCUCGUUUCCUGGCCCGCACCCCCGAGACUCACCCCCGUCUUCGUCCUCUAUGGUCGAGGGUGCUCCGCUGUCUGCCGACCGCUGCUCGCCGCGACGAAGGCGGCGCCCUUGUGUCCCUGGAGCCCCACUUCCGGCGCUACGCCCUCGCGGCGCCCGGCUGGCCGGCGGUGGCGGAGACCUGCGCCGCGCUAGCGGAGGCCCUGGACCCCGCCCGCGGCCACCACGCGCUCGACACGCGACUGACUCUGAGCUGCGUCUGCGCGCUCACCGAGAAAGCGAUGAUGCUGGUGGGGGUGUCGGAGUCGUCCGGCGGCGAGCGGCAGUGGUACAGGUUCCUCAAGACGGUGGCGAAGGCCCUGAGACACGCGCCGAGCGUCGCCCCGCCCACCCGGCCCGUGGCGGAGGCCCGGCUCUCGGCGCACCUGAAGCGGCUGGAGGCCCGCGCGGGGCUCGAGAUCCUGCAGAGAGGCGCCACCAUCGAGCUGUCCGCCAAGGACGCCGCGGAACACCUCGUGAGGCACCUCUGCUGACCGGACCGCAGGCCCCCGGGACCCUCCCGGCCUCGGUCCGUCGUCCUGUAAAUAUCGGCGAUUCGCUCCAUGGAGGUUAUAUGUUUGUCCAUGACGAGUCGGCGGGACGGCGUUCGUUCGUUCGUUUUUGUUUCCAUAUUCGUUGUAGACCGAGACCUGCCGGCCUCGGACGGUUCACAUUGCGAUAUAUGUUUGAUGUGAUGUGAACUAAGACCCGCCGCCCCUCGUGGGGGGUCACCGGGGGGCACAGCGCGGCCGCCGGGGAGUCCGCGGGGCGGGGGUAGUGUCGUGUGUAAGAAUUGUAUAGAACUAAUUUGUACAUAUGAUGUAAGAAAAGAUAUGAAACGAAAAAAAAUAUUAUGAAAAUGUCUAUUAUAAUUUAAGACGCCGUCUGUGUGUAAUGUUAGAGACGUUUCUAUCGUUCGUCCCGGCGGGCGGAGGGUGCGCACCCCUCGCACCCUCGCGGCGGCCGUGCGCCGUUCGUCUGCACCCUCGCGAACGUCCGACUCCCGUCGGUGAUCUGUAAAUUCUCUUGACGGAAUCCAUCGCGCCGCGGCGCGCGGCGUCCGAUGAGUUCGAGCGCAUAAAAUUCCGAACUGCCAGUAAACAUGUUAAAGUUCCCUCGUUUUGUAAUCGCGUCCUUAAUUUUUAACUGCAGUUUAUUUCCUUAACAGCUGGUGGAGUUUUUUUUUACUAUCUAUUGGUAGUUUUUAGUUUUUUUUUUAUCAUAACAAUAAUUAAAUGAAAAUUUUUAUAGCAGAA